AUGCCAAGAAAAUAAAAGUUUAAGCUCCUGAAACGCAAAUGUAUAAUUUUUCUAUUUUGUUUUUUUUUUCCCACUUUUUUUUUUCUCAAAAAGAUGUGGCCUAAAUCAUUACCAAGGUUUAGAGAUACAGGAAGGCGGAUGUUUUUUUGUUUUGUUUUUUUUAUGUUAGUAGCUAGCUACAGGCUACAUCUUAGCUAACCGUUUUUACCGGACAGUUGAAAGGGUGGUAUUGAUCACUCAGAAAGCCAAUAAGCCUAUUUCUCUAAAGGGGUUUCUUUAAUGAACCCUAAUAAUAAAAACAGAAAGAUAAAGGAAUUAACACCUGAGUCGGUUUGUGUUCCCCGGUGUGAUGGCUGAAUCCCGGAGAGUUCAGUUGACCACUCUCCCCUGCGACGUACCGCCUUCACCCCCCGACCCGCCCGCUUCGGAGCACGAGUCUUCAUCGAGUGUCCUGCGGGGGAAAGACACCGGGUCAGACCGAACCGCUGACACCGACACGGUCCGACUGAUCCUCCCGUUGUUCGAGCCUGAUGAGCGGAGCUUUCCACAGUUCAGCUACAGUCAGCUCAUUGACAACAAGAUCAACCACACAAAAGCAAAAGACCCACUGAGCAAAUAUGAAGAGGAAGAGGGGAGAGAGGAUGAUGAAGUCGCUGCCAUUGCCAGGAAGUUGGAGGAAAAAUAUGGUGGCAAACCCACGAAAAAGAAGGAUCGUAUUCAGGACCUGAUCGAUAUUGGAUACGGUUAUGAUGAAGAUGAUUCUUUCAUCGACAACUCUGAGGCUUAUGACGAAUUUGUUCCGGCCUCCAUCACAACUAAAUUUGGUGGAUUCUAUGUAAAUUCGGGCGUGCUGCAGUUCCGCCAGGCUUCCGACACUGAGACCGAGAACUUGACAACAGAGGAGAAAACGCUUGAGUCCUCAAAAAAACGUAAACUCAAUGCUGGACAGGAUAAGCCGAAGAAGAAGCAGUGCAGAGCAGAUGAAGAGUCAAGAGCCAAGUCAAGCACUUUGUCUGAACUCGAACUGAAUAAGAAGAAGAAGAAGAAGAAAAAGGCUGUUGGCACGUUAAGUGUCACAAGCAUGCUGAAGAAGUUUCAAAGAGAGAAGGAGAAGGAACGACAGAAAAUGGAAAAAGCAAAUCAGAGGGCAGCAGGAAUCAUCAGUGUACCCACAAUCCCUCUGUGCCCGGCAGACGCAGCCGGCGGUGGGGGCUCAGGACUGACCGACCCGCUCCUCAGUUUAAUCGGCUCGACCAACGACCACGCUCUUAUCCAGGCAGCCAGCACAGUGGACUUUGUUAUUGAUCUGGUCUCUUUAUUAGAUGCCAGCGAAGAGACUUCUUCACCAAAACUGGUUCCUCAAGCUGCCACAGAGACGCAGCUUUUCCAACCCAAAACAAAUAAUCACAGUCUCACUCAAGCCCAACCUCCAAAUACAAAGACUAAUUUGGAGCGGAGGACUCAUCCAGAACCAAUCCAGCUCCUGUCAGAGGCCGGCUCUACCUCUCUUCAGCAGUGCGCCCCGCUGCCGGAGGGACUUACCCCAGCACUGGAGGACAGCAUUAGAAAACUCGUGGCAACUGCCAAGACCUCGGAGGGAGGCUCGAAACUCAAGUUCUUCACUCCAGAAAUCAACUCAAUCCUGCUAGAUAUUGAGUUGCAGUGUCGGGAGCAGGGCGGCCAGUUGCGCUCCAAAGUGUACACACACCUGUCGUCAUUCCUGCCCUGCAGCAGAGAUGCGCUCUUAAAACGCGUAAAGAGACUAUUUCUCACGCACAUGAAGGAACCUCCUGACGUGGAGGAUCCCGUGCAGAAACUUAAGGAGGCCAUCGGCAAAGCUAUGCCUGAACAGAUCGCCUGUUACCAAGCAAACUGCCAAGCAUAUGAACACGUUAAGGCUUCAAAGGCAACAGAAGAGGGGAAUGAGGGCAAACAGAGUGUGAAGGACGGCACAGAGGACAAUGUGGAGGAGAGAGGUGGGAAAAGAGGAGGUCCUAAGAAGUUUUUCAAAUGGAACGAGGAGAUCAGGGAGUGCUUGUGCCAUGUGUUACGGCCAAAGAUGGACAAAUAUAAAAAUGAAAGGAAAGGCAGCCAGGAGAUGGAGGAGUACCUCAAGAUGUUGCUGGACAGUGAGGUCAAACCGCUUUGGCCAAAAGGGUGGAUGCAAUCUUGGGCACUGAUGAGGGAGAGCAGGAAAUUAUUAGGCCUCUUCACCUCAUUACCAGUAAAGAAGGCCAGAUCAGAUAAGAAGCAGUCCUCUGUCGGAGGAGCUUGUGCCACAGUGUCAGAUGUUCUCCAGGGAACUCCGCCACUGGAAGUAGAACUCCUCCAAGACACGGACGAUGUGUUUAUUGUAACCUCAAAUAUUUGCAAUUCCAUGCAACUUGGUGUGGCGAGGACGGAGGCAGCUGCCUCGAAAAAGAUGGAGAGUAAAAUUGGAGGAGGAGUGACAGUGGAUGCUGGUUCUUCUACACCUGCGGAGUCAGGAGGCGAACUCCGGGUCAACGCCACAUCCGCGCCGACUCAUUCACUUCUGGAUCUCCUUGCUGAUCAAGCACUGGCUCGAGAGCAACCUCUCAGAGUUUCUCAGGAGCUCCUGGCGGCAGCUGUUGCAAAAUACAAACGAUCAGUUCAGCACUGGAGCUUUGAGGUGGACACCAAAAAUCUUCUUCCACCUCCUCCAGCUCCUCAGUCCAGCCCAGUCGGCGGUUUGCCAGUGAGCGGGGUAUGUCAGGUUGUUUUUCCGCAGCUAUUGCCGACAGGAAACUUCGCCGGGCACGUGGAUGCUGACCAGAUAGAGAUCAUUUCUGAUGAUUCGGACAUCAUCGUACAAUGACCACUCCCAGUCCAGAUUUACAGUUACAAGUUUUAUUGAUUUACUUUUUGGCUCACAAGAGACUAAAGGGAUUAAAAGAAUGAUCAUAAUCGAAGCAGCAGAGGUCAAACUAAUCCUCACCUUUAGUCCCUCAUUGGAUCCUAUAAUGCGACCAAGAGCAUCUUUCUCUUAGACCGUUCCUGACUGUCACACUCCACAACAAAAAAUUCCACCCGACAUCUGUGGUGCUGAAGACCAAGAGAUGUGGCUGAAAGCUCAGGAAAAAAGGUAGUCAGUAGAUCUUGGCUUAAUAUUAUUGUGUCAAACUUCUAUUUCCAAGGUCAAUAAUUUUUACACUCAUUCACAGCCCCAGUUUAUGUCACAGGCUUUCUGUUUAAAACUCUGAGAAAAUUCCCCUGAUGGAUUUAAUAAUGACGACAUCAGUCUUGACAGUUUUUGCAAAUCUCAUUUUUAAGAUAAAAAGAAAACCCCCCCAAAAAAGUAGCAGAGUAUUGUAUUUUUGCUAAAGUGCAACCCAAAAAACUUUGUUCAGUUGCACUCAGUUUUGUUUUGUAGACUUUAUUUUGCAGAUUUUAUUUAUAUAAUCUUCCACAUUUGGUGACCUUCAUCAUUUCAAGGUGUGUUGUACGUCAUCGGAGAUGCAAAGAAACUAAAGAGUAAUACUCGUGCACUUUUAUCAACGAGUAGACAAGUGACCCGACAUCUCAUCUGAAAACUGAGACCAAUCUACUCAGUGAAUCACUUCUGAUAACCUUUAGCUACGACUUGUAAUUGAAAGUAUUUUUGUUUGAAAUGUAAAUAAUUUACUUUGAAUGAAUAAAUAAUAAAGAGAUUAAAUGCUAUAGGCGUU